AUCAAAUCAAACUUGCCUUAAAAUUUCACUCUCUUCUUAUCUCUUUGACACAUACAAAAUUCUACAGCAUAACACUCAGUUUGAUUACCAGAUAAUGGGAAACUGUAUGAAUACCAACAUGAAACAAUCCUCCUUAAUCUGGGGAGGAGACGACUGGGGAUCUCCGUUGCCUGAAGAAACCGCGGGAUCGGAGUUUUCCGGUAAAAGUUGUUUAAAGACCACCAAGAAAGCAGAUCUUCAGGAGCAAGAAAACUCGAUGAUGGAGAAGGAGAAAGGAAUCACAUCAUCAUUUCAUGAUUCAAGUUCAACAAAAACGACCGGGUCGCCGACAGAGGUGAAGAUCAAGAUCACAAAGAAGCAGUUGGAAGAAAUAUUGAAGAAGGUUGAUAUUGACGCAAAUGAAGGCCAAUCAUUGGCACAAGUUUUAACUCAGUUGAUCAACUUGGGUAGUAUGGAUCCCGGGUUUCAAGAAGAACGCCCAAAGUCGUGGAGGCCUUCUUUGCACAGUAUACCUGAAUCUGAGGUGUACUGAGUUGAUUUUAUUAAGAUUUUUUUUUUUUUCAAAAACCACAAGUACAUAUCAAAAUCUUAGACAAAAGGCUGUGAAUUUGUAGUUGAUUAGGUCAUAUACGCCACUGUUGUUCAUUUUCUUAACCCUCCUGAUAAAAAAGGAAAUGGCGGUGGUUGGUGUAUGAAGGUUGUUUGAUCCGUUCGUCUCUUAAGAAUGGUCUGUCAAUACAAUAUACAAUAUCACAAUUAUUUUAAGACGACGAGAAUAUAAAUUUUG